AUGGCGACCCCCUCAUCCCUCUUAAUCCUGGACACGACGACCACAGCAACCAUCACAUCGUGGACGACCGUCGCGGUCUCGGCGCCCACGGCCACCACCGCGACGCCCUCGGGCUGCGGGCAGGCCGGGUGUGAGCGCGCGAGCCAGGGCGCGGGCGUGGGCGAUAAGAGUGGCAUGGCGAAGGGCAAGGUCGCGGGCGUCGCGGUGGGAUGCACGCUCGGCGCGCUGGUCGUGCUGGGCGCUGUGGCACUGCUAUGGGUCCGGGCGCGCAAGCGGCGCCAGCGCCAAACACCGGCGGUGGUUGAGGAGGCGGUAGUCGUCGUUGAGGACAGGGCGGAGCCGCCGGCUGCGCUGGUCGUACCGCCGCCCCGCCACAUCUCGCUGGGCCGCGAGGGAUGCUACACUCCGGUGCAGUACGAAGGAGAGGACAGCUACGUCUACCACCCGCCGUCCAACUCGAGCAGGAGCACGCUCAGUCUGAUGGGCGAGCGGCGUCCGGGAUAG